AUGGAAACGAUCAAUGCGUCGGAAACGGAGUUGCCCUCUCCAGCUGCUCUGAAAAAGAAAAUCAUUCUUAAGCACAAAAAGCUUCCGAUUGAAAGUGAGGACUUGGCUACUUUUGUGAGCGCAAGUACUGACGAAUUUCAGGACACAGAUAUAUUGGCGAGAGAAUGCAUCAAGAAAGGUGUGUUAUCGCUAAUGGAUAGCGUUAGACAUGAAUGGUCAUCCCACGUUUUUGUGCUCUUCCCAGAUCGUCUUUGUUAUCUUCUGCAAACUUGCGAUGAUACUUCGAUGAAGGACGACACUAUAAGCAUGAUAGGCGAUGACGAUAGAGAAGAUGAAGGACUGGCAGGUUUUGGCGUACGCCCCGAAGAGCAACAUAUCACUGAAGAGUGGUUUCAUGGGCAUUGCGAACGAGAU